AUGUUGAAAUCUGUCCAAGAGUGUCAUAGAUACUCAGUGCACAUGGCGCAUAAACUAGCCGCAUGGAUUAUUCACAUACGAGGAGAACAAUUUGUAACAUCUCUGGAGAAUAGUGCAAUCGGUGAAAGCGUCUCCGAUAGCUUCCUCAACCUAACAGAGUUCCGCGGUAUGAUGAUCGACACACUCAUCCCAUGUUUAGUCUUUUAUCUCAUGAUUUAUGAUAAAGAAUUCUUUUCGAAGAGAGUCACACAUUUUGAUUCCAUAUACGCCUCUAAGAAGACCGCUUAUGAUGUGCUGCUUGACACAAUAAUGUCCCGUGGCAAGGCAGGGGACCUUUACGCUUUUGCGGGGUUGUCCGCUUCUGGACACGAGAGGGAUCUCAGGACAGCAUUAUACCUCUCUUUGAUAAAAUGUAUCGAUGAAGGACUCCUUUUACUGUGGUAUCGCGAGGUGCCUACAUGA